AUGUCUGAUGUCCGACGCUGGGGUUCUGCGUCGUCUCUGCUGGCAUACAGCACUGACCUUCGAAAGGAUUACAAGAAGAUUUUUGGCGAGGACCACAAGCCCGCCGUCGAGGCUGUCGAAGCUACCGAGGCCGAGCCAGACGUCCAGGACGUCGAGGUGACAGAGCCAAAGGCAGUCGCUGCCAGCGCAGUGCCCACAGACCCGACUGUGGUGCGCCGCUUUCCUGCUGGCAGCAAAGUGGUCAUCAAGGGGCUCACAGGCGGAUGUGCCGGAAGCAACUACCGUAAGUAA